AUGGCCAGUGCCCCCCAUGUCCCAGAAGACCAGAGUCGCCUCCUGGAAGAGGCCCUUGGGGUGGUACGACAGCAGUCGCAUAUGAUGCGAAGAUGCUUGGAAACACCUGGAAAGUUGAUGGAUGCAUUGAAAUGCGGAUCUACUCUAGUAGCCGAGCUUCGGACACCCACAUUGGGACCAAAGCAAUACUAUGAAUUGUAUAUGUCGGUAUUCGAUGCGCUUCGUCAUUUGUCGGACUACCUUCGAGAGUCUCAUCCGGUGAACCACUUGGCGGAUUUAUAUGAACUAGUUCAGUAUGCCGGAAACAUAGUUCCCCGCCUCUAUCUUAUGAUUACCGUGGGUACGGUGUACAUGUCCAUUCCAGAUGCUCCGGUUAAGGAAAUUAUGAAGGAUAUGAUGGAAAUGAGUAGGGGUGUACAACAUCCAAUCCGUGGACUAUUCUUGAGAUAUUAUCUCUCUGACCAGGCGCGGGAUUAUCUACCCAUGGGAUCUGGUGAUGGACCCCAAGGCAACCUCCAGGAUUCAACCAACUUUGUUUUAACCAAUUUCGUGGAAAUGAACAAACUAUGGGUACGGUUACAGCACCAAGGCCACUCCCGGGAAAGAGAGAAGCGAACGCAGGAGAGAAAAGAACUGGAACUUCUUGUUGGAAGCAACCUUGUUCGUCUAAGCCAGCUGGUUGACCUAGAGGCAUACAAAUCAGUCAUACUGCAACCUCUCCUGGAGCAGGUAGUUCAGUGCCGAGAUGUUCUUGCGCAGGAGUACUUACUGGAAGUGAUAACCAAGGUAUUCCCGGAUGAAUACCAUCUACACACGUUGGACUCAAUGUUAUCUGCUAUCGCAAGAUUGAACCCGCAUGUUGACAUGAAGAAAAUUGUUAUUGGUCUCAUGGAUAGGCUUUCAACUUAUGCAACUCGUGGCUCCGAAAAGAGCGAUGACCCCGAAGUGAGAAAGAAGGCUGAGGAAGAGGCAACGGUAAGACUAUUGGAAAACCUCCAACUUUCAAAGGAAAGCGGUGAAGUUCCUCCAACCUCAGACGAACAGAAACCAGCAAAUAAAGAAAAUGGAAAUCAGCAAUCGGAAAACAGUAUUAAUAAGCCUAGUGAAGGGGAAACUGGCAAAGAUACUGAACCAGCAACUGUGGAAGGCCAGCAAGAAGCCCAUGAGGAAACGUCCUUUCUGCCAGGGAAUGUUAAACUUUAUGAAAUUUUCUACGACCAAGUGCUUAAUCUAGUUAAGACUCGAGGAAUUCCCAUCCAAGAUACCAUUGCCCUUUUGGUUUCGUUGACGAACCUUGCCUUAAACAUAUAUCCAGACCGACUAGAAGAAUAUGUUGAUCAAGUGCUCCAGUACGCCACAAAGACCGCAACCGAACACUCUGAUAGCGCGGACUUCCAUUCUGCGCCUGCGCAGUCAAGUAUAUUAAACCUUCUACUUGCUCCUCUUCAGUCAUAUGUUUCUAUAUUCACCGCGCUAUCUCUUCCGAACUAUAUCCCUUUCUUCGCUGCACAAUCGUACUCUACCCGACGAGCAGUUGCCGGAGAAGUCGCACGGAAUAUUCUGCGAAAUAGAAUAUUUAUCGCUUCACCUGAGAACCUGGAUAACGUCCUCCAGGUUCUACGAGUUUUGAUUAGGGAAGGGAUGCAACAACCAGCUGGCUACCCAGGUGCUCAAAGUCAACGACGUGGAGGUGAAACCGAGGAGACCAUCGAAGAGCAAGGGUGGCUGGCGCGAAUAGUCCAUUUGGUUCAAGGGCAGGACAACGAUACACAACUCAAGCUAUUACAAGCAUUGCGGACAGCUUAUUUGGAUGGUAAUGAGCGUAUAAGAUAUACCACCCCAUCAAUAAUAACAUCAUCCAUUAAGCUGGCUCGCAAGUACAAGGCCCGAGAGCACUUUGAUGAUAAUUGGCAAUCUCAGUCAUCUGCACUCUUUAGGUUUAUGCAUCAGUGUAUUAGCAGUCUGUACCAGCGUGUGAACUCUGGUUGUGCUGAUCUUGCAUUACGCCUUUUUGUACUUUGUGGGCAAACAGCAGAUGAAACUGGCUUUGAAGAAGUCAGCUAUGAAUUCUUCGCACAGGCUUUUACCGUCUACGAGGAUUCUAUUAGCGAUUCGAGAGCGCAAUUCCAAGCUGUAUGUAUCAUUUCAAGUGCAUUGCACGGGUGCAGGAACUUUGGAAGAGAAAACUAUGAUACUCUCAUCACCAAGGCUGCUCUUCAUGGUAGCAAGCUCCUGAAGAAGCCGGAUCAGUGCCGUGCCGUAUAUUUGGCAAGUCAUCUUUGGUGGGUUGUUGAAAACCCACAGAAGGAGGGAGAUGAACCCAACAUUGUUUAUCGCGAUGGCAAACGUGUCCUUGAAUGUCUUCAGCGAGCGCUUCGCGUGGCAGACGCUUGCAUGGACACUGCUGUAUCAGUUGAACUUUUCAUCGAGAUAUUGAACCGCUACGUUUACUAUUUCGACCAGCAAAACGAGACAGUGACGACAAAAUAUCUCAACGGCCUUAUUGAGCUCAUAUAUUCUAAUCUCCAGUCAAAUCAGACCGAAGGGGUUCCAAGUUCCAGCCUGGAAAGCCCUAGACGCCAUUUUGAACGAACUUUGGAUUAUAUCAAAUCUAGAGGGUGGGAAGGAGUUGUGACGGAGCCACCGAGGCAGUAA